GCUUUCACUCGGGUGACUUUCCUUCCUUGGUCUCACAGCUAGAAGGCAGACGAAAGAUGGCGUUUUCUCUAGGGAUCAUUCUGUUGCUGGUAAUUCCGGCUUAUUGUACCUACGUGGGAAAUGAAGUGCCACUAGGGGGCCCACCAAGCGUUUGUCCUGAACUCGGAGUUUUUGCUUAUGCGCAUGAACAAGCCUGUGACCAGUUUUAUUUGUGCCAAAAUGGGACCUUUUCAAGUGAAACCUGCCCCAAUGGACUUGCCUUUGCUGCUGAUGGAAAAGUUGUCCAAUUCUGCACGUACCCGUGGCAUGUAAAGUGUGGAGAUAAAACUAUGCCGGAUCCCAUUCCGUCCGAUCAAUGCCUUUGGCAGUUUGGACUCUUCCCAAUUGAUGAUGCUUGCAACUCUCAGUAUUUCAAGUGUGCCUGGGGGAUUCGCUACGUAACCGACUGUGAUGAGGGUUUGGUCUAUGAUGAUACCAAAAAGGCAUGUAAUUGGCCAGAUCUGUUGGGAUGUAACAGUGAAGGUAUGAAUAGGUUUUCACUUUGA